GGCGGCGGCUGGGCGAACACGGCCGCCGCAUUCUCGCGAGGGUUUUAGCGGGUGGGAGCCGCCGGAGAAGAGGAGAGGACUAGAGGAGGUCAGGAGGAGCACGCCGAGGUCGGAGGGAGGAAAGAUGGCUGGCAUGGUUGGAGCGCGCAGGGCCCUCCUCGCUGCCCGCUACUCGCCCCGCGGCGCGCUCGCUUCGCCCGUCAGGCGCGUGGAUUCGCCGCCGAGUCUUCCAGCUGAUAGAACUUGUCUGCGGUCUUUGGUUCCUCAUCGGGGUGCUGGAAAUUUCGCAUCAGAACAAAUUGAUGGGGACUAUCACAGUGAUGAAUGGGGAGCACGUAAUACUGAGAAUUACAGGGAGUCCCAUCGAGCUGAUCGUCCCAGCCACCAAGUGCAGGCAGAUAUCCCUUCAACCGACUCCUCUGUAGGAGCUGAUAGAAUUAGAGGUGUGAAUAGCGAUGGGAAUACCAAUGCACAUUACAGGCGCAAUCCUGGGCAAACAGAGUUUCCAAAUCAUCAUGAGCCAUACAUUAGUGCAAGGGUGAAUAAUGGAGCACCUGGAUUUAAUGACAGGCAACCAUAUGUCAGUGUCAAUACACAAUACAGAAGCAAUUCUCUGCAGCCUCGCCAAAUGUGUGGACCGUAUGGCUUUGCAAAUCCUCAUGAACCAUAUACUAGUGCAAAAGCGAAUUGUGAAGCACCUGGAUACAAGGACAAGGAACCUUAUGGUGGUGGUGGUCCAUACAACCAGCAAACCCCUAGCGGGGAUCUACCAAAUACUCAUCAGCAAUAUAGCCACACUCAAGGUAAUAAUAGUGCUAAUUCAGGAAAUGGUACAGGGCAAACAUAUCAUCAUUAUCAUGGAUCUGACGCAUACAGAUCUGGCUACAACUCCCAAAAUAAUCAGCAGGCAUAUGAUAAUAGGCACUAUGGAUAUGGCCCUUCAGGACAAUCAUAUCAAAAAUCAACUGGAAAUGAUCAGCAAGUCUUUCAGAAACAGCAGGUUGAUCAAAUAUCUGCUGGCAAUAGUGCAAAUAGACCUGGCUCUUCCUCACAAUAUGGAAUUCCAAGUAGAUUUAAUGAGGAACAUGUUGCAAGAUUUCAGCAAGGCCACAAUGGUGACAUUGGACAUAAUAUUUCACACACACAGCACAGCCCUUAUGUCAGUAGCAAAAUUGAUGCACAAAGUAAUUUACCAGGGCGCCCCAUGAAUGUAAACACAGCUGUGCAAGGCAACACUCAUGGAAUUUAUAAAGAAAAGCAUUUUGAUAUUCAGCCUAAUGCACUAGCUGGGAACCACUUGAGCAAUGCAUCUGCACCAUAUCAAGAUGGCAUAUACCGCAACCAUUUGCUAACUGAAAGCCCGUUAAUUGACGAGUCAUCUGGAGUAUCUGAUGUAGCUUGUGGAAAAUCCAAAGUUACUGUUGAAGAGAUGGAUAAGUUAUGUGAAGAUCGCAAAAUAAAAGAAGCCGUGGAACUUUUGGCUUUGCUACAGGAAGAAGGAACUGUAGUGCAUGCUUCUCAAUAUUGUAAAUUGAUGCAAGCAUGUGGCGAUGUAGCUUCUCUUGCAGAAGCAAGAAAGCUACAUAAUCUAAUAUCUCAAUCAGCACUUGCUGCUGACACAGAUAUUAACAACAAAAUUUUGGAGAUGUACUCUAAAUGUGGUUCAAUGGAAGAUGCAAAGAAGUUGUUCAGUAGUAGUAUAGCUCAAUGUAAUUUGAUAUCAUGGAACACUAUGAUCGCAGGUUUUGUGCAUAAUGGUCUUGGUGAAGAAGCAACUGAUUUUUUUGAUCAGUUUAUGCAGACUGGAGAUAAUCCCAAUUCAGCCAUGUUCACGCAUGUUUUCUUGGCCUGUGGAAUUUUGGGCUCUGUUGAUGAAGGGAUGUUGCAUUUUGAAUCUAUGCAAAAGGAUUUUGGUAUAACUCCUACGAUGGAACACUAUGUCAGCAUUGUUAAUAUGCUUGGGCAGUCUGGCUACAUUGAUGAAGCUUGUGAAUUUGUUGAACAAAUGCCUGUGGAACCAAGCAUUGAUGUCUGGGAAAGUUUGAUGAAUAUGUGUCGACUAAAUGGCUUUUUGGAGAUAGGAGAUCGCUGUGCUCAAAUUGUAGAGCGCUUGGAUUCUUCUAGGCUGAAUGAGCAGUCUAAAAUUGGUCUUUUCCCUGUCGAUGCUUCAGAACUAACAAAGGAGAAAGAAAGGAAAAAGGCUAAUGCUGUUGAAGCAAGGAGCAAAGUUCAUGAAUACAGAGCAGGAGACAGGUCCCAUCCUGAACACCUGAAGAUCUAUGAAGAGCUGCGGUACUUAGCAGCUCAUAUGAAAGAGGCUGGCUAUAUUGCAGACACUAGAUUUGUGCUUCAUGAUGUUGAUCAAGAAACUAAAGAGGAUGCUUUACUAGCUCAUAGCGAGAGACUUGCUGUCAGUUACGGUCUUAUAACGAGUGCUGCUCGGUCACCUAUUCGUGUUAUAAAGAAUCUUCGCUCAUGUGGAGAUUGUCAUACAGCUUUUAAGAUAAUAUCUAAACUUGUUGGCCGUCUGAUCAUUGCAAGGGAUGCAAAGAGAUUCCACCAUUUCGAGAAUGGUGUAUGCUCUUGCAAAGACUAUUGGUAAACACAAUAUAGCAAACCUGCAUUAAGAGGUACAAAACCACAAUAGGUUCUAUAAAUCCGGAAGGUAGGCCGUUGCCUAACACUUAGGUAGCCACUAGUUUCAUGUCAGGGACAUGUAUGCUUUUUCCAUGCAACAGUUAUUCUCUUACUUUUUUGGUGAUUUAUCCUGGAAUUCAAGCAUUUGAACUUGAAGAAUCUUACAUGAUGCCCGUUCGAUGGCAAUUCUGUAAGAGAAUGCCAUCUAAAUUUGCUGUCUCGCCGGAAAAAUAACCACUAUGAACAUGAUAUGUGCUGGUUGUCGGGAAAAGAACACUGGCGUGUGUGGUUUAGCUGACAACAUGGCAUUCUGAUCAGUUCCUGUACUCUCUCGCUGAACAUUCAGGCUGCAGUUAUUCGACAAUUGCUGGUACUUUUGAUUUCAGUAGUAUGAGAUUGAGAUCACUAUACACAUCAAAUUUUGCUUGGUUUUGUAUUGUGUAAUUUUAAUCAUAUACGGUACUAUCGUGGAAGUGGCGUUGGUGCGGGUACGUCUUUCUUAUUUUGAUUAAAGCCUUUACUCGAAACUUGAUGUAUCUGUUAAAGGUAAAAGGGUACUAGUAGUAGCUAACUAAAUUCCGAGGGCUGUAUGACUUGUGAUGCAGAUCAAGUGGAAAAGGCUAUAUACAGUAUACUCUCUUCUGUGCUGGUGCCUGUUCUACAGUACACCCGU